AUGCCUUCCAAGCAGUCAAACAUUGCCAUCGGCAUCGACUUGGGCACGACCUACUCCUGCGUCGGUGUCUUCCAACACGGCAAGGUGGAGAUCAUCGCCAAUGACCAGGGCAACCGGACGACGCCCUCAUUCGUCAGCUUCACCGACACCGAACGACUGAUUGGCGAUGCCGCCAAGAACCAGGUGGCACUGAACCCGACGAACACCGUCUUUGACGCGAAGCGACUGAUUGGCCGCCGAUUCGACGACGCCUCUGUCCAGUCCGACAUGAAGCACUGGCCUUUUGCAGUGGUGAACGACGGCGGCAAGCCGAAGAUCCAGGUGGAGUACAAGGGCGAGACCAAACGCUUCGCCCCUGAGGAGAUCUCUGCGAUGGUCCUCACGAAGAUGAAGGAGACCGCCGAGGCGUACCUGGGAACCACGGUUACCAACGCCGUCAUCACCGUACCCGCAUAUUUUUCGGAUAGUUGCCGCCAGGCGACCAAGGACGCCGGUGCCAUUGCCGGCCUGAACGUGCUGCGCAUCAUCAACGAGCCCACCGCCGCCGCCAUUGCCUACGGCCUCGACAAGAAGGGCCAGGGUGAGAAGAACGUGCUCAUCUUUGACCUGGGCGGCGGCACCUUUGACGUCUCCAUCCUCACCAUCGUCGACGGGCUCUUCGAGGUGAAGGCGACCGCCGGUGACACCCACCUCGGCGGCGAGGACUUCGACAACCGCCUGGUGACGCACUUUGUGCAGGAGUUCAAGCGCAAGCACAAGAAGGAUCUCUCAACAAACAAACGCGCCCUCCGCCGACUGCGCACUGCUUGCGAGCGAGCCAAACGAACGCUCUCCUCCUCAUCACAGGCCUCUAUCGAGAUUGACUCGCUCUUCGAGGGCAUCGACUGGAACUCCACCAUCAGCCGCGCCCGCUUUGAGGAACUCUGCUCUGACCUUUUCCGAUCAACGCUGGACCCAGUGGAAAAAGCUCUUCGAGAUGCUAAACUGGACAAAAGUCAAAUCGACGAAAUCGUUCUUGUUGGUGGAUCGACGCGCAUCCCUAAAGUUCAGAAGCUGCUGCAGGACUACUUCAAUGGCAAGGAGCUCAACAAGUCAAUCAAUCCCGAUGAAGCAGUGGCCUACGGUGCAGCCGUUCAGGCAGCCAUCCUCAGCGGUGACACUUCCUCUUCGGUACUGAAAGACCUGCUUUUGUUGGACGUGACCCCACUGUCUCUGGGCAUUGAGACUGCCGGAGGAGUGAUGACCACCCUCAUCAGUCGCAACACUACAGUGCCAACCCGUCAAAUGAAAACUUUCACUACUUACGCGGACAACCAACCGGGCGUCUCCAUUCAAGUGUUUGAGGGAGAACGAGCAAUGACCAAAGACAACAACCGCCUGGGCUGCUUUGAGUUGAGCGGCAUUCCACCUGCUCCUCGCGGUGUCCCCCAGAUUGAGGUCACUUUCGAUAUUGACGCAAAUGGCAUCCUGAACGUCUCUGCUCAGGACAAGAGCACUGGUAAACAAAACAAAAUUACUAUUAGCAAUGACAAGGGUCGCUUGUCAAAAGAGGAGAUCAACCGAAUGGUCAACGACGCAGAAAAGUACAAAGCCGAAGAUGACCGCCACCGAGAACGCAUUGAAGCGCGCAACGCCCUUGAAGGGUACGCAUUUCAGGUGAAGCAAACACUUGAAGAAGAAGCGGUCAAAGCAAAGCUGCCCGCUGAAGACGUCACUAAGGUGCAGCAGAAGGUGAGCGACACUCUGCGCUGGCUGGACAGUAACGCUUUAGCCGAAAAAGACGAGUUUGAACACCAGCGAUCAGAACUAGAGGCAGUUUGCAAACCCGUCAUGUCCAAGCUCUAUCAACAGUCUGGCUCACAAGCCAACACAUCAUGUGGCCCGCAAGGCACUGGAAAUGGACCCACCGUAGAAGAGGUAGACUAA